AUGCCGUCUGACAAGGUUCUUGAUAUUUGUGCAUAUCAUCGACGCGACUUUGACCUUGUGCUCGUGCGGUCACGUCUUCAUGAAACUCAAUCAGUCUCAAAGUCUCUCCAAACAACUUUCGAAACCUCGCCGACUUCAGGGCUCGGUGUCCUAGACUCUCUCCCCGUGGAGCUACUAUGGAUCAUUCUUCGCAACCUCGACCUGCUCUCUUUUUUUCGGUUCCGCCACAUCAACCGGCGAGCCCGUGCUCUAGCUACUGCCGUCUUGGAAUAUCGAGCAGUCGUUAGACAUGGGCUGGAAGGUUUGCGUGGUGUUUUACGCGGUGGCCUGGGACAAGCCUUUACGAUUAGGGAUUUGUAUAUCCCUUUGGUCUCAGAAAAGUGCACCUUGUGUGGUGAAUUCGGGGGCUUUUUAUUUCUCGUCACCGCCACUCGCUGCUGCUUUGCCUGCAUCAAAAGUUCACCAGAUUUGCGCGUCAUUUCUCCUUCGACUCUCUCCAGAUUGGCCAAGAUAUCCCCCAAACGGUUACACCAGGCACUGGGAUCAGGGCUGCGCACCGUGUCUGGUAUAUACUCUAUGGAAGAGAAGCUGGUCAGACGACCAACAUUCCUGGUCGCUUCACAGCCAGCCAUUGCGCGAUUACAACUACUCGGCCUUCUCAACCAAAACACAAUCGGGGCGUUGUCAAAAUGGAAUGAGCAUGAAAAUCAGCGUUUCAUGGCGUCUACUGCGUUCCCGUGGUACGAUCCGUACAGCGGCAAGGUUGAGAGUGGUGUUUGUUGUAAAGGAUGUCAAGUCAAGGAGGAGAAUCUACUUGUCGGGAGCGAUGAGAGGGAUCAUGUGUUUUCGAGAUCUGGUUACCUGUCUCAUUUUGAAUCCUGCACAGAAGCACAGAAGCUAUGGGAUCAGAGCGAAGGCGGGGCAAGGCCUGUUCAGGAACCUGAAUUCACUCGCCGCUGUGGUCAUUUCAGCCUACUGGAUCUUGAUGGGUUGCCAAGGUAA